GAGCGGGGCGGUGCCGGGGCAGUUUUUACGGCGUGAGGGGCCGCGGCGGGACGAUGGACGACUUCCAGGCGGGGGAGGAGACAUCUUUUGUUGUUGAUGAAGUCAGUAACAUCAUUAAAGAAGCCAUUGAAAGUGCAAUAGGUGGCAAUGCCUACCAGCACAGCAAGGUGAACCAGUGGACAACAAGUGUGGUGGAACAAUCUCUAAGCCAGCUCACCAAGCUGGGGAAACCUUUCAAGUAUAUUGUGACCUGUGUGAUUAUGCAGAAGAAUGGUGCUGGGCUACAUACAGCAAGCUCUUGCUUCUGGGACAACUCCAGUGAUGGAACCUGCACCGUGAGAUGGGAGAAUAAGACCAUGUACUGUAUUGUCAGUGCCUUUGGACUCGCAAUAUGAUUGCCUUGGAAUCAGUCGUACUUCAGUUCUUUUCUACUCUGGCACUUGAUUCCAUCUCUGCUCAAACUGUGAAUGCACUGAACAACUUCCAGUUUUAAUGUACCUUCUUCUGUAACUUUCUUCAAAUGUGAAAACAUGCUGUUACAUGGUUUGUGUUUGUAUUUUUAGUAUUGUACCAGUGUUGCCACACUGUCUUAAAACUUCAAGAACUUCUCUUUAAGGUGCUAAUACUGAAAUCUGCUGCAGUGUAAACAUGUUCUCUAGAUUUUUUUUAAAACCAAAUUAAAGACGACACCAACUUUCACACUUUGUACUCUUGGUUAGCAUUAAAUUAUUGAAAUUCA